UGCCGACGACCGAAACCUCCCUGCCGGUAGGCGUCGCUGUUUCACGCCUAUCGUGCUGCCCGUUUCCCUCGCAUCCACCAAACCUCCGCGGAAAGGCUGAAGGUUGAGCGAGGCAGAACACAACCGCGCGAAGAGCGCAGACAUGGCUCCGCAAGCCUGCGAAAGAAGAGACCGACGACGCCCCUCCGAGGCAGUUACCAUAGCGGCUGCCCCGUCCCUGAAUUGACCCCCGCCAAGGUGCUCCUCCUCCUCCUCCUCCUCCUCCCGCUCCUCCGCCUCCGCGGAGACGUCAGACGGCGGAAUUGCCGCACACACGCGGACAUAGAGGAGCAAAGCCGUCGGGAAAAAAAAAAGUUGGCGUUUACUCGGCGACGAGACAAAAUGCGACGUCAAGGUCAGAAUCCGAGACGCGACGACGCCGCCGCCUUGCGAGCGACUUUGCCGGGAAGGGGACGGAGAGGCGCGGAGGGGGAUGCCACUGCGUGUCGUCGUCUCCGGCAUAAACAGUGACACCUUUCCUCGGAGAGAACACCGCGCUCGCUGCUAAGUCACGCCGACAAACUUGUCCAAAAGGCCCGAAAAGAGAGACUCGUUCCGACUUUUGACAUUGCGUCCGGUAUUAUGAGUCUCCUUCAAUUAUCGUGACGUUUCCUGCUUCUUCCCCGCCACGGCCCUCGACUGCUCACCUGGCUAGCCAAGACGCUCCACGCCGACUAGCUAACCGAAUAAACCUCCCCCUGGUUCCAAAGUCUUCGAAACAGUUGCACGAUAGCAGCGAAGUUGGAACCAACAAAGGGUCCAACUUGGUUCAACUUCAAACACCUUUCAACACCUCCACUACCAGCCCUGAAAGAUGUCUCCCAGGAGAGUCUUUCGUCACCCGGGCGGCUUCGGUAGCGGCUUGCCGGAGCGCGGGCUUCUCUUGCUGGUGCUCCUCAUGCUCCUGCAGGGCUCCCUGCUGCCCUUCGGAGCCGCCAGCUCCCCGGACGUGGGCCACCGAGACGAGGCAGACGUCCACGCCGAAGCGGAAGAGAAGCACAACUUCACCAAAAAGCCCUUCCCGGUACUCAGCUUCGAGUACAAACACAUCCAGGUCCCCUUCGAGAUCUCCUUGUGGGUCCUUCUGGCUUCCCUCAUGAAACUGGGGUUUCACCUCGUCCCUCGCCUGCCCGGGAUCGUGCCCGAAAGCUGCCUACUGAUCCUGGUGGGCCUUUUGGUGGGCGGACUCAUCAAACUGGCCGGCCAGAAGGUGCCACCGGUGCUGGACUCCACCUUGUUCUUCUUCUGCCUGCUGCCGCCCAUCAUCCUGGAUGCUGGCUACUUUUUGCCCAUUCGCCCCUUCAUGGAGAACCUGGGCACCAUUCUGAUGUUUGCCGUGGUGGGCACGCUGUGGAACGCCUUCUUCAUCGGCGGGCUGCUGUACGCUGUAUGCCAGAUCCAGCCCAACAAUCCGUCGGACCUGCACUCGCUGGAGCUGCUGCCCUGCUUGCUCUUCGGCUCCAUCAUUUCCGCCGUGGACCCCGUGGCCGUGCUGGCCGUCUUUGAGGAGAUUCACAUCAACGAGCUGCUGCACAUUCUGGUGUUUGGCGAGUCGCUGCUCAACGACGCCGUCACCGUGGUGCUGUAUCAUCUUUUCGAGGAGUACUCGGGCGUGGGCUCGGUGACGGUUUUAGACGGCGUGCUGGGCGUCAUCUCCUUCUUCGUGGUGGCGCUGGGCGGCGUCCUGGUGGGCGCCAUCUACGGCAUCCUGGCGGCGUUCACCUCACGCUUCACCUCGCACACGCGAGUCAUCGAGCCGCUCUUUGUCUUCGUGUACAGCUACAUGGCCUACUUGUCGGCCGAGAUGUUCCACCUGUCGGGCAUCAUGGCGUUGAUAGCGUGCGGCGCGGUGAUGCGGCCGUACGUGGAGGCCAACAUCUCCCACAAGUCGCACACCACCAUCAAGUACUUCCUGAAGAUGUGGAGCAGCGUGAGCGAGACGCUGAUCUUUAUCUUCCUCGGCGUGGCCACCGUGGACGGCCAGCACAACUGGAACUGGACCUUUGUCACCGUCACCGUCGUCCUGUGCUUGGUGGCGCGGGUCAUCGGCGUGGUGGGCCUGACGUAUGUCAUCAACAAGUUCCGCAUCGUCAAACUGACCACCAAGGACCAGUUCAUCGUGGCCUACGGAGGCCUGCGCGGCGCCAUUGCCUUCUCCUUGGGCUUCCUGCUGGACGAGAGACACUUCCCUCUGAGGAACAUGUUCCUCACCGCCAUUAUCAUCGUCAUCUUCUUCACCGUCUUUGUGCAGGGCAUGACCAUCAAGCCUCUGGUGGAUCUGCUGGCCGUGAAGAAGAAACAAGAGGCGAAGCGCUCCAUCAAUGAGGAAAUCCACACGCAGUUCCUUGACCACCUCCUGACGGGCAUUGAAGACAUCUGCGGACAUUAUGGACAUCAUCACUGGAAGGACAAGCUGAACCGCUUCAACAAGAAGUAUGUGAAGAAGUGCCUGAUCGCCGGCGAGCGCUCCAAGGAGCCGCAGCUCAUCGCCUUCUACCACAAGCUGGAGAUGAAGCACGCCAUCGAGCUGGUGGAGAGCGGAGGCGGCGCCAAACUUUCCUCGGCCAUACCCUCCACCGUCUCCAUGCAAAACAUCCAGCCCAAGAAGCCGGCGCACGCCAAGUCCGAGGAUCGCGCUCUGCCGAAGCUCUCCAAAAGUCGGGAGGAGGAGAUCCGCAAGAUUCUGCGGAGCAACCUUCAGAAGACGCGGCAGAGGCUGCGCUCGUACAACCGCCACACCCUACUGGCUGAUCCCUAUGAGGACAACUUUGGCGAAUUCCUCCUCAAGAAGCAGAAGAUGAUGGCCCUGGAUAAGAAGAUCCAAGACAUGAACAACUACCUGACGGUGCCCGCCGCUCCUCCCGACUCACCCACCCUGUGCAGAGCCAGACUGGCCUCAGGCAGAGAAACCGAUUUCAAUCCCACUCGGCAGCAGAAAGUGGACACUGUCGGUCCAGACCCUCAAGCCUACAGCACGAAGCCAGCGUUGGACAGCGUUCCCACCAUCCAAGUGGACCUGGCCUCCCCGCAGUCGCCCGACUCGAUCAACAUCUUAGACGAGUUCCGGCGGUCCGACCUGGCGGCGGCAGCGGCGGCGGAGGAGGGCGAGGACGACGGCGGUCUGAAAAUGAAAGCGCCCAGCGGACCCCACGAGCGCUGCGACGCGGGCGAAAUGGACGCCGGCACCAGGGAGAAGCUGUCCAGGUGCCUGAGUGACCCCGGCCCCCACGCGGAGGACGAAGACGAGGACGAACCCUUCCUGCCUUAAACAAAGUUCACGUUGGAGGAAGGUGCGUGCUUCACUGUGAGCAGCAAAAAAAACAAACAAAAAAUAGCCAUUUGUCCGUUUGUCGUCAUCGCUCUUUACUUUGAAGCGACGCAACCACGGUUAGCAGACAUUCAGGAAUGAACUAUGCAUUACCAAAGGAACUGUUUGUAGUCCUUCGAGAUUCUGUUGACGUUUUGCGUGUCGUAGCCGAGACGGCGGGAUGCUCCGGUGCCACGGCGAAUCAGUUGCUCCCCCAAACGAAGCCAACCGCACUCAUUGGGUCACUUGAAAUCUCACCGUGGAGGAGCUUUGAACGCAUCGUUUGGCCUUAUUUUAUGUCGCACUGCAUUUAUUUUUAAAAAAAAUCAGGACUGCCUUUUAAUUUCAGGGAUUCCCGAAUCGGUACGAAGGAAUAUUACAGGCACACUAUCAAGAU